UCCGUGUAAUGAUGAUGAUGUUGCAGAGUGUCUCAACGUUAUCAAGAUAUCACAUAGGAUAGGAGUGGCACAGUUGAAUUCAAACUCUGACACCGUAUGAGUUCAUCAUAGGAAAACUAUCAAGCGAUCAAUCGAAACGUCUCAUUGUUAGUUCUGCAUAAAAAUGUGGAAAGUGAGUUUCCUCAUGCUCCUCGCAGCAACAUCCGUGUUAUCGGCACCAGAACUUCAACUGGUUCAUGUUGUAUUCUCGCAUAAAUUUUAUGCCCCCGUGGAAACUACCAAUGGCACCAUAUUCCCUGGAAUACUGGAUUAUCAACAUUUCCUGGAGCAAGCAGUUGACAUGGAUAAUAAAGCAAAAAUGGACAUGUUCAAUUUAGGCGUAUUUCUCCGUCAAAAAUACGACCCCUUCCUCGGUAAGAUCUACCACCCCGAUUUUAUGCAAAUGCGGACAACUGAGUACGUGUUAUCAAUGAUAUCUGGGAUGCUCGUUAAUGCUGGACUGUGGCCGCCGGCUGAAGUGCAAAAGUGGAAGCAAGACCUCGACUGGCAGCCGAUACCCACUGAAUAUGAACCUGCAGAGAGAGAUACAUUACUAAUGGGCUAUCUUUGCCCGACAUUCAAAGCUGAGGAGGAAGAAUUGAACGGUAAUUUCUCAUCAGUUAAAGCCGGGCACGAGGAGUUCUUUAAAUACAUAAAUUCACAUUAUGAAAAGGAGCUGAAAACACCUUGGGAGAUAGCCAUGUUGUAUUCGUGUCUUGAAACGAUCGCAGCUCAGAAUGUCACACUCCCUCCCUGGGCGAGCCACAUCUUCCCCAACGGUGAAAUGGAGAACGUAACUCUCGCAGCUUAUGAGACCCUCUCAAAGACUCGUCUCCAAAAGACACUGAACGGUGGUCCAUUAUUGAAGAAAAUUCUCAACGACUCACUGGCGCAUCAGAACCGCAAUGGGACGAGUAAAUUGAAAUUGUUGAUGUACAGUGGGGAGGACAGAAACGUCAUGGCAUUGCUGCAGAAUUUGGGGGCCUGGACACCUCACAUUCUGAAGCAAGGAGCUUCAAUCAUCUUUGAAGUUCACAGAGACUCGAACUCGCCUGAAUAUACAAUCAAGAUGUCCUAUCUCACUGACGUUGACUCCUACAAACUGGUUCCCCUCAAGUUGAAUGAUUGCGGAGAAUACUGUCCAUUAACCAAAUUCGGUAGUAUUCUGAAGGAUAUUCUUCCGACGGACGAAAAAUUCAUCUGUCAUCAGAAACAAGUCCUUCCGACACAACCACCAACAUCAUCGCCCAACGAUAAUUCAGCGUCGAGAUUGUCAUUCGUGAUUAGUGUCCCUGCGAUACUAAUGGGUCUGCUCUUGACUUAAAUUGGAUAAUUAUCUUCGACUCUUUUCCUGGUUUCCUACGCAUCCGUGAUGUGGAAAUGAUGGGAAUAAAUCACUCGAUGAUCGUCUUCCGAUUAUUUUUCGUGAUUGCAAGGAGGAAAAAAGAAAAAUUCAGGGAAUUCUCAGUAGUAAUACCACGAGACCUCCAAAAUUAUCGGAUAUUUCCCGAU